CGAAUUGUCCUGGGGAUAAAUGGAGGUACUGGAAGUGAGUAGAGGCCAGCCAACCACUAAGGCUUCCCGAAAUGGUCACUGAGCUGAUCGCCUCCAGUCUGUCGAUGACUUGCAGGUGCUGUGGUCACAGGUGGAUUUCCGAUCGACUUCACGAGUUUUGAGCAUCAAAGUAGAACGAUUGGUCUUAGAGAGAAUGUUGUCGUCGGCGACAGCGAUUUCCACUACCGCGCUUUUAUCAAGCCGGGGGACUCGGUCACUUGGGGUGAGCGUCGUCAGAUGCUCUUCCUCGCCUACCCCCCAGAAUGGUGGUGCGUUGAAGGCGAAAGGGCCAGUAAUAAUCGAGCUGCCACUGGAACAGAUACGCCGCCCUUUGCUUCGCACAAGAAACAAUGAUCCGGAGAAAGUGAAAGAGCUGAUGGCAAGCAUUGCAGAUAUUGGUCUUCAAGAGCCAGUGAGUCUCAGUCUGUAUGAACAAAAUUGGGAUCAGUGUUUGAUUUUUUUAGGGCUAUUUGCAUUUGAAGGGGAUUCUUAUCUAGGAACGAUACAGAUGCCCAGGUUUAGGAAGAUUAUAUCAGUGUCGAAAAUAUUGAAUCUUCUGCUUUUGCAGAUCGAUGUGCUGGAGGUUGAAGGAUUUUAUUACGGGUUUUCCGGUUGCCACCGAUAUGAAGCACAUCAAAGAUUGGGUUUGCCCACCAUACGAUGCAAAGUUCGCAGGGGAACAAAGGAUACAUUGAGACACCAUCUGAGGUGAGAUACCCGCGCAGUACAGUACACGCAACUCGUCUGCACAUUACCAGUUUGAUAUCCUACAAUCAGGAUGGUCUGAUUUGAGAUUCAAAACACGGAAAUUCAACCAUGAAGCUCAUUUACCAGUUUGAUUGGAAAGCACGAAAAACCAUGUAGCUGACAGAACUCUUGAAACGACGGCAACAACAGUGAACUCUUGAUAUAAUUUUUCUAGUUCAGUACCUGAUUCUAUAACAAUAAUGGGUUCCACCGCAAGUUGAGCACACUGAUCCUUAAAAUUGUAGAAUACUGAACCAUGAUGUCGCGAAGUUUGGAAAUUCUAGUGCUCGCACUUUGUAAGCCAGAUGCCAUUCAUCAACAUCUCAAUACGACUUCCUCCGAAAUCUUUGAUGGCUGUAGUACAUGUUAUUAUGUAAGCCGUUAAGGCGAGUUGCAAGGAUAUGUCAAAAGAUCCAUACCUACUUUGCCAGAGUUCCAACUUAUGACUAAGGUUUUAACAGUCUAGUUUUUUGACAGGUCAGCGAGAACUAAUCCGUGAAGGUUUUUAAGUCCUUGCGAUCUGCAUGUUUCACUAUUUGCUCGUGAAAAUUUAGACAAUCACUCAGUUUAUUACUAGAUGCAAGUAUGGGUCAAGGUUAAUAACGGUAUAUGCGUCCUACACAGUUCUGGACAUAUACUCAACACUGGCUUCAAUAGGUACACUUUCAAAAGAGAACCCAACUGAGGCUGUAAAGCACCAGAACAAGAAGGUUUGGAGAAACUUGUACGAGGUCCUGUGUAAAACGCCCCAACGUGUUAUGGGGCCUAAACAACAUGUGUUUAGGUUGAGAGACUAUACGCUAUCGAACUUGUAAGAGAUCUAGGAAUACUUUGAUUGGCAGAGGAAAGGCAAAGUUCGAUACGUUCCUGGACACUCUUGAAGUACAAAGGCAGGUUGUGUUCUCAAACCAACCGUUCGGACGAAAUUUCCAGACAUAUAUAUAUUCUACAAGGGGCUUAUUUCAAACGAGCUCAAUUUGGCACUUUCUAGAUGUGGGGAACAUAGAAAUGUUCUAACUUGUAGUAUGCAUAGGCCAACUAAUGAUAAUAACUAUCCACAAAUGUGCAAUAAUAUGGUGUGUACAUGUCUAGUGCCUGAUACGUCAAAGACACAUACUUAGGUGCUCUCACGAUGGGAUCUGGAAUCUGGUUGUGCACUGAGCAUGCUAGGAAUGUUUACGGGAGCUCCUUUGCAGUCGCUGGCUUGAAUUGGCGAUGCAUGCGGCCCGUCAACAUGAUGAAGGCUGCAACGUGCAGGCAGAGGAUAUACACUACCGUCAGAGACCGCACCAACUUAUUCCUCCAAAAGUGGCUGCCGGCGUGUAGACUGAACGCGUCCAUAGUUCUGGCUACGUUCGCCACGUUAUCGCUAACUGACUUGGAAGCCCUCUGCCGGACUGGGAGACCACGCACUUUUGAUUCAUCUCCACUAUGAUGGCUCGUAGACGGUCGACCGAUCUUAUUCCUCUUCGAAUUUCCAUCCACCGUUCCAGUGGCUUGGAUGUGCCGUCGGGAUUCGUUCAAUUGUUCCAAUCUUAAUUCCAGAGCAUUGCGCUCGUUGGCAAGACUUUCUGCUUGUGCCUGUAUCGAAGCAGAUUACGAACCGAUAUGUGAGGGGGAAUGGUGACCGUUCGCAGAGAAAAGUCCUUGAGACGUGAAGGGGAAAA